AUUUUCGCGCAGUCUCACUGUUAUCAAAAGUAACUGAUGCCUGCACUUCACACUUUCGAUUUUGACUUACCACCCGGCGUCGAGCUUUGUCUAGCAUGUGCUGCUAUUACCGUCGUGAGUAUAAGAAACCUAUUCGUAUAGUAUACGAUAUAGCAUGUUUUUGCCCGUCACUGUGGCAAAACUAGUGCGUGGUGCGUUCUGCAAUCGACACUGUCACCUGACUCUUCCCUUGAGUCGCGUUUGUGUGACAAGGUGCGGAGUUUCGUUCGUCCGGAAAAGGUUUGUGUCCACCACCCUGAGUUUACGGCACGGCGAAUACGAAUGGCAGGAACCGAAAAACGAAGCUGAGGUGGUUCGAGUGGCGUUUGUAGAUAGAGACGGCAAGCGCACAGAAGUCAGGGGUAAAGUCGGUGACAACGUCUUAUAUCUAGCUCACAGGUAUGGAAUUGAAAUGGAAGGUGCUUGUGAAGCAUCAUUAGCGUGUACAACUUGUCAUUGUUAUGUUGCUGACGAUUAUUUGUCUAAGCUUCCUGAAUCGGAAGAGAAAGAAGACGAUUUAUUAGAUUUAGCUCCAUUUCUCAAGGAAAACUCAAGAUUGGGUUGUCAGAUUAUUCUAACCAAGUGUUUGGACGGCAUUGAACUUGUGUUACCUGCAGCCACUAGAAAUUUUUAUGUUGAUGGCCAUAAACCUAAGCCUCAUUAGUACAAUUUAAAUUAGUUCAACUGUUAGACGUACUAUUUUAUAGUAGUUUAAAUAAAAUGGAGUACGCUGAAGAAGCCAUUGUAGUGUCCAAUAA